AUGCGGUUGCAGCUUUUCAUUGACGAGAUGGUCGGUCGAAUAGCAACAGAAGCUUUCUCAAAACUAUUUUGCUUUUUUUAUCUCUCGAAUUUCUUUCAUUGGCUUAUUAUAUCUAUCUAUCUAUCUAUCUAUCUAUCUAUCAAAGCCUGUUCAUAUCUAUCUAUCUAUCUCAGUCGGUUCAUAUCUAUCUAUCUAUCUAUCUAUCUAUCUAUCUAUUUCAGCUUGCUCAUUUUUAUCUAUCUAUCUAUCUAUCUAUCUAAAUUUAUUUAUUAUCUAUCAUCUGUUGAUUAUCUAUCUAUCUAUCUAUCUAUCUAUCUAACUAUCUAUCUAUCUAUCUAUGUCCAUUAUCUAUCUAUCUAUCUAUCUAUCUAUCUAUCUAUCUAUCUAUCGAUCGAUCGAAGUCUGCUCAUAUCUAUCUCAUCUGUUCGUAUCUAUCGAUAUGAGUCUGUUCAUAUCUAUCUAUCUAUCUAUUUAUCUCAGUCUGUUCAUAUCUAUCUAUCUAUCUAUCUAUUUCAGUCUGUUCAUAUCCAUCUAUAUCUAUCUAUCUAUAUAUCUAUCUCAGUCUGUUAUUAUAUAUCCCUGUCUGUUCAUAUCUAUCUAUCUAUUUGA